AUGGAGAAAAUCCUCAGAGGACACAAGGRGGUCCUGAGGGGCUCAACAAACCCAUGUACCAGAGCGUCAUCAAGAAGGAGGGCUCCUCCAUGAUGGGUAUGACCAUAGGUAUGGGUCCAAUGGGGCUGCGUUCUGCUGCCGAAGCCGCCUCGUUCUCCGAGGACUACGUGUCUCCACCCAAGUACAAGAGCAGCCUGCUGCACCGCUACCUGAACGACUCACUGCGGCACGUCAUGGUGGCCAACGCCGUCAUGGACGCUCGCAGGAGGAACCACUCCGGCUCCUUCAGCUCCAACGAGUUCGAUGACGAGCUGCUGUCGCCRUCUUCCUCUGAGGCUGAGGCCAACUUUGUUUAUCGAGCUGAAACCACGGAUCACGGAUCAAGUCAAAGUGACAACAGCAGCGGCGGCCUCGCAGCGACGCAGAAGGAGAAGGUGAAGGGCAAAGAUGAGACAUACUGGAAGGAGAUCAACGCCGCCAUGGCCUUGACCAACAUGGCGCAGGGGAAGGACAGCGCCUCGGGGACGACCAGCUGCAUUAUUCAGAAGUCCUCUCAUAUAGCUGAGAUCAAGACUGUUAAAGUGCCACUGGUGCAGAAAUAUUAACUGGGACCGCUUCCUCUCCACUUUCUAUGCAAAGCAGCAAACAUUCCUCUUUAAGAAACUCACCAGAGUCCAAAUCAGCUCCUCCUGAAUCAAAACAACUCUGGUUUAAGGAGGGCAAAGGGGGCAUUUCAAGAAGAGAAAAAACUUUUUCUGUUUGGUCUUUUUGAAAAGUUUCAAGACCAUUUUUUUUAAAAACAAAGUUUUUGUAAUAACUUAUUUUUUAUGAGUUUUUUAUUCCUUAUUUUUAAGUUACAAAUGUUGAAUUUGCCAAAGUGCCUAUGAUUGUUUUAUUUUAGACGAUGAACUGACUGAUUACCAGCUAACUGAACCCACUCCAGCUCACCCAGAAGCCUCUGAGUUUCUAAAGAAACCUCAUUAUUCAGGRUUUGUUGUGUGGCUGAAAACUUCCUGUAACAUCUUGUGCCUUAAAGAUGAACUGAACUCAGCAUCAAACAGCACUUAUCUGCGCACACACACACACACACACACAGAAAACACAAGUUUUCUUCCUCUGCACCUCAGUGUCGACUCGGCCUUGGGUUUCAGCAGCCAGCAGAGGAUUCUUCUCUUAUCUGAGCUUUCAGCAGCUGAAACGUGAACGAGCUCUCAGCUGGACCCAAACGAGGACGCAGACAAACAGAUUUGUGUCKAAGGUUCAUCAGAAAGAAGGCCGUGACCUAAAAGGGAUGUUUUUACUUUGGAUCAUCAGAGACUUACGUGGACAGUUUUGUGUUUUUAUGUUUGUCUUCAGAACAAGAUGAUCUGAAAUGAAGGAAAACAAGAAGAAGCUGUUUUAUCAUCAGRUUCAGGAUUAAACUCAAGUUUUCUUUAUUUYAGACUCUUUUCAUGUCAGUAUUAAAUCUUUGUCAGCCAUGAAGUGUUCAGAGUUUCUUCUGUCUGAUUGUUUUUUCUGACUGGAUCACUAUAAGAUCAACAUUUGUGCUCCAGUGGAAAAAAAACUCCUUAAAACCAAGGACUUACUGUGCAAAUGUUUUAAUCAUUGCAGGUGAAAUAAGCCGAGCUCCAUCUGGGAGAAAUCAAGUCCAAUUCUUGAAAACAGCUGAAGUUCUGAGCAGAAGUUUUAAUUUUAUACAUUUUUUAUGUUCAUGUGUGUCAGAAUGUUUCAUUAAAUAAAAAAAUGGAUUUUAUUAUCCUCAGACUGUAGUUCUGGUCAAGGACUCUGAGAGRAAAGUUGCACAAAGUGACUUUUAUUGGAUCUUAAAUGUGCAAAAUUAUUUUUUUAAAGCUGCACUUAAAGUUUUCUGUGGAGACAUUUGAACAAAACAGUGAAGAAAAGUCAAAAGAWUGACGGACAGCUCUGUAAGAACUCACAUCUUGUGCCUCUGGAAGUUUGAACUUUAUGUGGUGGGGGUCCUGGGCCCCCCACAUGUGGUUUCUGUCCAGCCGAUCCAGGCAGGGUAGAACCGGACCUGUGCCUCGUGUUCCUAAACGCACCUUUGAACCUCACACAGACCAGUUGCAUGCUGGGAAAAAACAAGGACAGCAGGAGUUUGAAGAAAGGGGGUCUCUGCAGACACGACUUUGGUUCUGGACUUUCUGCAGCUGCUUUCAGAACCAGACGGACUCGUAGAAACAAGGUUUUCAUUAAAGCUUCUAAGUUAUGAUUCUGUCACAGUGAAGAAAGUGGCGACCUUAGUUUGUUUUUCUUGUUAACUUAUAGAAAUUGUUUUUGUUGAUUUGAACGGAGGCUGGAUUUUCAGUCCAAUGAUGGAACACAUAUCUCCUUGUUUUGUCUGAUUUGUUCUCAUGUUCAGUUUCUUUUAGAACAGUUGGAACUUGGUCACAGCAGUGAAUAAAAAUCUGAUGGAAAUCAGA